GGGGCCCUUCGCCGCCGCCGAGCCCCCGCCGCUCCCAUGCUCCCGGGCGGCCAUGGGCGCCUCGCACUGGUGGGACCAGCUGCGAGCUGGCAGCUCGGAGGUGGACUGGUGCGAGGACAACUACACCAUUGUGCCUGCCAUCGCCGAGUUCUACAACACGAUCAGCAACGUGUUAUUUUUCAUUUUGCCGCCCAUCUGCAUGUGCUUGUUUCGUCAGUACGCGGCAUGCUUCAACAGCGGCAUCUACCUAAUAUGGACUCUGUUAGUUGUGGUGGGAAUUGGAUCUGUCUACUUCCACGCAACUCUCAGUUUCCUGGGUCAGAUGCUUGAUGAACUUGCCAUACUUUGGGUUCUGAUGUGUGCGUUGGCCAUGUGGUUUCCCAGGAGGUAUCUCCCCAAGAUCUUUCGGAACGACAGGGGCAGGUUCAAGGCCGUGGUGUGCGUCCUGUCUGCAGUUACAACAUGCCUGGCUUUUGUCAAGCCUGCCAUCAACAACAUAUCCCUGAUGACCCUGGGCGUUCCAUGCACAGCGCUGCUUAUCGCGGAGCUGAAGAGGUGUGACAAUGUGCGUGUGUUUAGGCUGGGCCUCUUCUCAGGCCUCUGGUGGGCCCUUGCCCUCUUCUGCUGGGUCAGUGACAGAGCCUUCUGUGAGCUGCUCUCCUCCUUUCACUUCCCCUACCUGCACUGUGUGUGGCACAUCCUCAUCUGCCUGGCCGCCUACCUGGGCUGUGUGUGCUUUGCCUACUUUGAUGCUGCUUCGGAGAUUCCUGAGCAAGGCCCAGUCAUCAAGUUCUGGCCCAGUGAGAAAUGGGCUUUCAUCGGCAUCCCCUACGUGUCCCUCCUGUGUGCCCACAGGAAGUCACCAGUGAAGAUCACAUGAUAGCAAGGCGGCGUCUGGCUUCUCUGCUUAUGUCCUUCAUGUGCUGGGCUUCGUUUGCUAGCAAAGACGGCCGUGGGGGCUGAAGGAUCAGGGUGGGCAUAUUUUUUUACAGUUCCAUCCCUUUGAGCUCUAACUAGUGUGUCUGUAGGGCUGCACUGUGCCUGCGGCAGAGGUCUCAUCCUUAAGGAUGGAAGUGGAGGGCUUUAAAGGGGAUACUAGGUCUAUCUUUUCAGUGUCCCUUCCAGGUGUGUGGGCAGAGCAGUCCUCUGGGGGACCCAGGACAGCCCAAGGGUUCUUCCUGGAGAAGGUGGUUUGUUCCAGAUCCCACCAUUCCCAGGCUCUCUGCGGGUGGACUUUUACUCUUGACCAGUAAGGCUCUCUGACACACCAGAUUCCCUGAUGGAAAGUGCCAGAGCUUUUCAUUUGGGGAAACUGUCCUUCAACAAGACCAAACGAAUGAAACACAUGGGGUUGUGGCUCAGAAGGUUAGUUCUUCAUUACACCUCUCAGCCUACCCAGGUUUUCCAUGCUUUUGUGAAUCCUACUACUACCUCCGCUGAGAACUGGAGACCUCAUUUCAGAGGGUGAAGCUAGUAAAUGAAGCCCUCGAUGCCACACAAGCCACACUCCGCUUUAAGCAAUUCUUGAAGACAAGCACAACAUUGAAAUGCUGACAUUGCCUCUGCCCCUCCUUGCUCUCAAGGGCCUCAAACUCAGAAAAUCGCUAUGCUCCCCGCCCGCGGAGGAGUGCUGAGGCUCCUUUCAAUCGUGCACUGUCCCGCUUCAGACUGUGCUACCUUUCGAUUUUCACUCCUGAAGCUUCCAGUGCGCUUCCCCUUUCAGGACCGUCUCCUGCGUUUCUCCGAGUUUCCUGGGAGAGCGGUGCCUCGGCUCUCACGGGACCUGGGGCUUUCUGCGGUUUCUCAGAGCGUGGGCUCACCCUCCUUAGAUGCUGGAAGUACCUACGCUAUGGCCGGCCGGUCGAGGUCGCUGGUGACCUCCUGGGUUCUUCUCACGUAACGUCACACUGGCUACCGUCUAUCUCUUCCCUGGACUGGAUGGAAGGCUCUAAGGCUGUGUUCAGGAGAUGAGGUAGGAAUGACAGACCUCAGGGAUACUCACUGUACCUCAGGCAUCUUCAGCUUUGUAACCUUCCAUGGUGGGCAGGGGUGGGCGCGGUGUCAUGAGUACUGAAGAUUGGGAAGCAGCAGGCUUGGGCACAUCCAGGAACACUUACUCUGGUUAGAAUUUGCACAGGAUUCAAAAUGAAAACUGAAUUUAAAGUUUUAAAAAUGAGUGUUUUUAUUUUACUUUGGUGGUUUUCAAGUUCUAUAAAGAAUUCCUGUUGUAAGCUGGGCGUGGUGGCGCACACCUUUAAUCCCAGCACUCGGGAGGCAGAGGUAGGAGGAUCACUGUGAGUUCGAGGCCACCCUGAGACUAUAUAGAGAAUUCCAGGUCAGCCUGACCUAAAGUGAGACCCUACCGUAAAAAACCAAAAAAACUCUUAUUUGUAAUAACAAAGCUUUAUGGAACCCUAAUGUGUGAGAUAGGUUGCAUUUUAUUAAAUUUGUAGCAUUAUUUAAUAAUCUUACAGGCAGUGAAAAUGCAGAUUAUCAGAUUGGUGAUUUCCAAGGUAGAAAAAUUCAGUAUUGAGUGUAUAUUACUAUAGCUUAAAAAUCUAUUUAAAAAUGAUUUUGAAUUGGAUAUGUGUGGAGACCUGGGGGCUCAUAGAGUAGAAUGGCUAAGUCCUUCGGGUUUCAAAUCUAGAAAUGUUUUGAGGGAAAUAUGAGAGCAUCCACAUUUCUGGGUGAGCUUAGCAGGCAUGAGGUCUCUUCUCAUCUGCAGCAUUACAAUACUUUAAAUUAGAGAGUUUCUCAUAUUUUUUAUUCAGCUUUAGUUUUAGUAUGAGAAGCAUGGAGGGGGAUAAGCGAGAUGUAGGAAAUGACGUGUUGUUUUUUUUUUUAUACAAGGUUUAAUUUGUCUUGAAACUUCUUCAGUGACAGUCUAGGAGGGACCAUAUCAUGUCCUGUCUUUCUCAGGAAAAGGACUUAUCCCUUAGGGGGUCUGUUGACACCCCCACCUUUAUACCCUAGAGAUAGGGAUAAAAUGCUACUCAUGGCAUAUUUGAACAGGCCUGGAAGGAAGGAAAUAAGCACCCUGACUUAGAGGGCACCUUCUACAGGGUGGAUGUGCCACUACGCCAGGCUUGGAAUGGAGUCUGCUUGAGGAGGACAAAUAUAACUAUUUAUUUGGAGACAGUUUUGCUCUGUAGCCCAGGGGUCCUCCUGCGUACUAAGAUUCUAAAUGUGAGUCACCACGCCCGGCCGUACCUCUACUUCGAGCAGAAAUCACUGUUGGCUUGCUAGCAUGGGCUGGUAAAUCAAGAGAGUAGAAAUAUGUUACUAUUAAGCUAGGUCUAGUACAUCAUUCACAUUUAUGUUAAAGCAUUAUAUGGUCUUUAAAGAAAAACUGAGAAACUACAGAAGCAUGUAAAAGAAGAGAGUUACCCAUAUUUUUGUUGCCCUGCAGCAUCUAUCAUCAAUAUUUUGUUGUUUGGUUAUGUUUCCUCGUCAUCUUCUUUUCCAAUAUGGCUGCAAAUCGAUGUCUCUUGGCAUCAGCUGUUUAUCCUAGAGCUUCAGUGGAGUACUUAUGCUGGGGUUUUUCAUGAAGAGCAGGUAUGGAAUAUACUACUUAGCUAUUGGCUUGAAUGCUCAGCACUGGAUGCAGAGACUUGCCACUGGAUCUUUAUUGUACUCAAACAUGAUAUGAAUGGCCUCCAAGAAAUCACCUGAAUUCUACUUUGUGAUAUACUUCUGCAUUCCAAUUGAGACACAGUUAGUAGCGUUUGAAGAAAUUUUGAUGUGUUUAGAGCUUUGAAAAAUGAAGGGCUGAUGUACAAUCAGGAAUCUCUAUCCUCACAAUAAAGUAGACAUUGAGGAGUGAGGUUAUCACCAUGGUACUCAGUGUGGGUACCACAUUUUGUUCUUGUUAUAUCUACUUGAUAUCAGCAGGAACUGGAUGUAGGCAUUAAAACCAUUAAUGUCACCAAGUAAUUUUCAGUUUUGAUUGAUUAUUGAUUCUUAAGAAAUCACUGUCCUCUUUAUUAUUCCAUUAUUAUCAAGCACACUCUUCACUGAACACAUCUGAGGUGGGUGGGGAUGGAUAAGAUGCUGGUAAUGGGUUCCAUUUUGAGGAGCUCUGUGCCUGUUCAGUGAAGAGUGCCUGAAACACUAAUCAUAGCUCAGCAGUGUUCUGUUGGGGACAAAGCUUGGUGGACAUCAAAUGUAGGCUUUAUUGGAUUUCUCAGGUCCCUGACUCAGGGACAUGGUGGAGCCCAGGACUGGGCUCUGAGCCCUCCCUGGCUCCUCCUCCCUCUGGCUGCCAUGGAACCAUCUCUGGGGAACAGGCCAAUGUUGAAGCUUGCCAAGCCACAGUCCUGCUCCAGGAUCCUUCCCCCGCAACUGAACUUGGAAUCUCCCCAACCAGGUCUUGGCCUGGGUGCUAUUCAUCUACUGGCUAAAGAGACAUCUUGGACCAGCUUGGGUUUCUCAACAGGUUUUACAGACAUUAUAUUCCACAGAUUUUUAAAACACACACUUGCUUCAAUGGACUCGUGUCUUUCCCUACAUGUUCACCAGAUUUAAAACUAUUUUAUAACCACAGUAUGUAAUCAGAGCAAAUAAGAGUAUUUUUAGAUAUCUACCAUGUCUUCUACUUUAUAUGGGAUGUACUGUGUAAGGCUGGCAUGCCCAUUGGCUGAGGUAGCAUUUAAUCUUCAUUGCUUUGGGAGUGACUUACAGGCCUUUUGAAAUGGAGUGGUUGCACUUUAUGCUUUUUGUGAACUGACUAUAAUAACCAUGUUUAAUAUUAAAGCCAUAAGUGGCAUUUUCUGUGAAUAAACUAUAUAUAUAUAUA